AUGAAUCGAUUACCCGAGUUCUACGAGGCCCGGGCACCGGCACCAACAAACGCGCACCAAGUUCCAAAUCAAUGGUGCCAGCAGCGUCCCCAAAGCACCAUGGCUAACCUGAACCAGCCCAGGACAUUCAACAACCAAGGCUACCUCCAGAACGGCGGUGCCCCUCAGCCGGGAGCUGCUCCCCUUCUGCCGAACCAAGGCCGUGUCAUUCAGACUGGUCCUAUGCGAGUUCUCUGCGUCGCAGAUGUUCGAGGUAACCUGCGAUCACUCAACGACCUUGCCAAACAGGCCCGCGCGAACUACAUCAUCCACACCGGCGAUUUUGGUUUCUACGAUGAUACAUCUUUGGAUAGAAUCGUCGAGAAGACGCUGAAGCACGUUGCUCAGUACUCCCCCCUCAUUUCAGAGCCAGUCAAGAAGGCCAUUCAACAAGGUGGUCCCGGCCCCAUCAAGUCUCGAUUCCCCGCCAGCGAUCUGCCUCUUUCCGAGCUCCCGCUCCUGCUCAACGGCACGCUCAAGCUCGAUGUCCCCGUUCACACUGUUUGGGGUGCUUGCGAAGACGUGCGCGUUCUCGAAAAGUUUCGAUCUUCAGAAUACAAGGUUCACAACCUCCACAUCAUUGACGAGGCUAGAUCAAUGCUACUAGAGAUUGGCGGUGUCAAGCUUCGUCUGCUCGGCCUCGGUGGUGCCGUCGUUAUGCACAAGCUUUUUGAUAACGGGGAGGGCCGCACCACUAUUGCUGGUGGACAGGGUACGAUGUGGACAACUCUUCUUCAGAUGGGCGAGCUGGUGGACACUGCGCACAGAGUCUACGAUCCGACUGAAACUCGAGUCUUCAUUACCCAUGCCUCCCCUGCCAGAGAAGGCAUUCUCAACCAGCUUUCCGUAGCACUCAAGGCCGAUUUUUCUGUCUCGGCCGGUCUCCAUUUCCGCUACGGAAGCUCUUACAACGAGUUCAGCGUGAAUCCCACGCUUGAUCACUACCGUGGCAAGCUAGCUGCCUCCAAAGCCUCGUUCAACGACGUUUGGGAGACAGUCAAGGGUGAGGUUGAGCCUGCCAUUUCCCAAAACGAAGCUCAGCAGAACCUCCUCAAGAACGCUCUUCAGAUCGUGGAGAAAAUGCCUACUACCGCUGCUGGCGGUAACCCCUUCGGCGGCCCGGUCAGCGGACAUGCGGCCCUCGGACAGGUUGACGAGAGCGCUUUCAAAAAUAUGUGGAACUUUAACUUGGCUGAUGCCGCUUUUGGCUAUCUUGUUUUGGAAAUCCAAGACGGUCGCAUUGGUACGGAGAUGCGCGCUCAGGGCUUCAACUUCUCGCAUAGAGGAGCCAAGCAACAGUCUGGCGCUGCUGCUAGCGCACCCGUCACCUCGACCUCCGCCAGUGCGCCAACACCACCUCCCGCUCCUGCCGCGCUUACUUCUCGCCCACCACCUGACAAGCACGACAAGCAUGAGAAACAGGCCAAGGGUUCCACGCCUGCCAAGCCGGCCACUCCCCAGCCUAACCAGAGCAAUACAAACAAGGAUACGGAGAAGACUCCUGCCUCCGCCAACGGCGGUCCUGACCCCGUUACCUCUCCCGCCCCCAAGACAUAUCCCUCUGACAUCAUUGGCUUGUUCAUCAUGAAUGUCAGCACCGAAGACCAGUGCCGUGAACUGUUCAGCGAUGCAGACAGGGCCAAGAUUGUCAAGAUUGAGAAGUGGGGUAGCUCGAACAAGGUUGUCCAAUUCAAGAGCACCGCUGACCGAGAUGCUGCUAUGGAUAAUUUGCCAGACUCUGUUAAGACAAGAACCUCGGAGGACCGCAGCAAGCCCUGGGUCAAGAUUUUCCAACCUCGUGAGACUAAAGGUGGCGCCCGCGGCGGUGCUGGGAACUGGGGCGCCAAUGCACGCGGCGGCGCUAGCGCGAGCGGAUAUCGCAGCGCGGGAGGAGCAAGUGACUCCGAAAGCAACAUCCGUGGUGGCCGUGGCGGUCGCGGUGGUCGCGGUGGCCGAGGCGGUGAACGUGGUCGAGGAGCUCGAGGCCGUGGAGGCAAGGGUGACGCUAGCACGUCUUCACCCGCUGAGUAA